AAAGGAGGGACACCCUGACAUGCCUGCCGGCUCUGUCAGGGCUGACUCAGGCCUUGAGCUGAACUCCCCACCUGCUGGCAGUAGCCCAGACGGGGCAGCCCAGCCCAGUGCCCGGCCUCCCGCCCCUCACUUCACUUGAUAACAAACCAGGAACUGAAACGGAGUGGGGAUGCCGGCUGGGAGGCGGAGAUGACUCACUGCCGAGAGGGACUGCUGGCGCUGAGCGGGCCAGCAGAGAGGCAGACGGAAGCGGAGGGCACAGGCCGGCAGCAUCUGAGGGUCCCUGAGGAGCAUGGCUGGCAAUCGAGCGGCCGUGGCCAUGGACUGUGAGAUGGUGGGGCUGGGGCCCCACCGGGAGAGCGGCCUGGCUCGCUGCAGCAUCGUGAACUUCUACGGUGAAGUGCUCUACGACAAGUUCAUCCGGCCCGAGGGGGACAUCACAGAUUACAGAACCCGGGUCAGCGGGGUCACCCCUCAGCACAUGGCAGGGGCCACACCAUUUGCUGUGGCCAGGCAAGAGAUCCUGCAGCUCCUGAAAGGCAAGCUGGUGGUGGGUCAUGACCUGAAGCAUGACUUCAGGGCGCUGAAAGAGGACAUGAGCGGCUACGUCAUCUACGACACGUCCACCGACAGGCUGCUGUGUCACGAGGCCCGACUGGACUACUGCAGGCGCGUCUCCCUGCGGGUGCUGAGCGAGCGCCUCCUGCACAGGAACAUCCAGAACAGCCGGCUGGGACACAGCUCCGUGGAGGACGCGCGGGCGACGAUGGAGCUCUACCGCCUGUCGCAGCGGCUUCGCUCCCGCUGACGCCGGCCGCGGACGCACCGGACCCGAGCGCCGGCCGGCCCCUGCCCAAGACUAGCGGUGUCAUCUCUUCAGGACAACUCCUUUGUUUUGGAAAAUGUAUCUUUCGUAGUAAAAUGGCUCUAUAUUUUGUCUACUCCA